AUGAUAUCGAAAUUGGUCUCGGUGUUUUUUAUUUUAAGCUUAAGUGCAAUAUUUAUAAUUAAUGAGUGUGAGGGGCUCAACAAAUAUUCCGCGGCCGCAAAUAAAGCGACUGAUAAAAAAAAUGAUGACUCCAAAGAAAUUCCAGUGCCUGUUUCUGUUAGAGAGCUUGAGAAACCCUAUCGCAUGGCUAAGUUAAAUUUAGUCUGGACCAAAGCGAAGCAUAGACUAACGGAUGUGAAACUGCUAUCAUUGUUCAGUGAUUUAAAGAUGCAUGACAAAGAAGAGUUGGCUUACAAACACUACAAAGAAGAAGGAAAAGACGCAGAUGGCUUGAAAGCUGCCAGAUUGAGGAAGAAAUUGAUCGGAAUAAUGAGUACUUAUGGGUUAUUAGAACACUUCGCGGAGACUGAUGACCCAGAAUUGCUGAAACGGCAUAAGCCUCUUAAUGAUGGCAGCAAUUAUGUAGCCAAAGAUUUGUUUAAAGACAAAAAGCUCAAUAAAUUGUGGGCAAAAGCAGAAAAUGCUGGCUUUACUGCUGAAGAAUUAGAAGCUCUGAAGCAAGAGUUUUCACAUCAUCAAGACAAAAUUGAUGAAUACAUGAGUAUUUUAUCUGAGGUCGAAAAUGGAGAUCCUGAAGCGUAUAAAAACAGUAUUGAAGAAGAUCAUCCUAGUUGGAAUGAAAUUGACGAAAAAGAAGAGUCUGAUGAAGAAUCUAACGCGAUUCCUACUAAAAAAGAUUAUGUUUCCAAAGCUAAUUUAUUACGAGAAAAACAUCAUCAAAUAAAGAGCGGAUACGAUCAGUUAGAUAAAAAGACUGCUGAAGGUCCAGACCAUCAAGAAUUUGUUGAACCAAAAGUCCAGGGAUUGUGGAGAAUAGCCAAAGCUGCGCAAUUUACUAAAAAUGAGCUUGACUCUUUAAAAGAAGAACUUCACCAUUAUCAAACAAGAUUAUUAAAAUUGCGUCAUAUGCACAGCCAGGCAGCUUUAGACGCCGCUCAGAAUGGGAAAACCUACGACCCAGAUAAUACUACCAGAGAAAAUAUUAAAAAGCACGCUCGUACUGUUGAAAAACUCCACGCAAAUCUUGAAUCCCGAAUCUUAGAACGACAUUCUGAGUUGUAA